CGCCAUGGCGGAGCCGUUCAGCCUGCGGGAGGUUCUCGGCGCCUUCCAGAGCUGCGUGUCGGAGCGGCGGGAGGUGCUGCUGGGCCCCUACCUGCGCGGCUGGCGCGGGCUGAUCCGGUUCCUGCACAGCCUGGGCGCCAUCUUCUCCUUCAUCUCCAAGGACGCGGUGGCCAAGGUGCAGCUGAUGGAGAGCUACUGCCGGGGCGAGCAGCGGGAGCGCUACGUCUCGCUGCAGUCCAUGGUGGAGUACGAGCUGGGCAGCGGGCUGGUGGCUCGGCAGCAGCCCUCGGGGCGCCCCGACUCCGGCUGCCGCACCGUCCUGCGGCUGCACAGGGCGCUGCGCUGGCUGCAGCUCUUCCUGGAGGGGCUGAGGAGCGGCGGGGAGGACUCCCGGCCCUCCGUCAUCUGCACGGACUCCUACAACGCGUCCCUGGCCGCCCACCACCCCUGGGUGGUCCGCAAGGCCGCCACGCUGGCGUUCUGCACCCUGCCCCCCCGGGACGCCUUCCUGGAGAUCAUGAACGUGGGGUCCCCCCAGGAGGCCGUGGCGGUGCUGGGCGAGGCGCUGCCCCACAUCUGCCAGGUCUACAGCAUCACCCAGGAGCUCUUUGCCCAGCACCAGCUGCUGGACCUGCCCUGACCAGGGGCCCAGCUCCGUGUUCUGACCAAAGCGGGAUGAACUGAGGCAAAAACAAACAACAAACACGGUGUCUGGGUUGUCUGUCCGGGGUCCCUCUUCCUUUCUCCUCCUCCAGGCUGGAGCUGACAAGCUGGCAAACCUACUCAGGAUGCCUCAGUUUAGGAGAGAAAAAAAUGUACCCAUUUUUUUAGCACGUCUGUCGUGUAGAGCCUCAGCUCUACAGCAGGAAAAGGCACCAGUGCUGGCGGGCUGCCAGGAUCUCUCUUCCUGCAUUCACCUCCAGCGAGGCUGGGAGUGGGCAGGUUUAGUUUCUUUUCAGCCAAACGCUGCAACUUCAGCUUUUGUGUUUACAUGAGUAGUUAGGACCCCCCCUCUGGAGUCUGAGAACAUCCAUGCCACCUGUGAGCUCACUCUGCUCCUUUGUUUACAAGCUGUUCCCUCGGACAGGUCUGGGGGUUUUUCCCUCUUACGCUUCAGCCUUGAAAAUACAAUCCUGAGUCACCCCUGUCCCUUGUGCCCACAGGCUCACUUGACUAUUGCUGCUAAUUCUGUGUCCCCUGGAAUUAAAGGAGGAAAGGGGGGGGUGUUGGCUGUGACAGUUGUGCCUUUGUGCACGAGCAGACCUGCCCCUUCAGCUGUGCUUUGUCUUGGGAUGUGGAACAACUAGGAUGUACUGCACAAUACUCUGUAUCCAGCUAAGGCUGCAGACUGUACCUUAUCCUGUUCCAGCCACGCUUCUGAAUUGUGUUUUCAUGUUUGUUUUUUUUUAAUGAAUGUGUCAAAUACCUACAAAAACGAGUUCUCUAUCUAGGGAGAACUCUGAACUUGCACUGUCACUGCUCUGAGGCUUAUGGCUUCUGUUGCUAAUCACUGUAUAUAAUUGCUGGUGUGUGUACACACACACAAUGUAUGUAUAAUGGAGUUUGCUUUCUGAGAGCUGAAAAAACACUUAUUUCAGGAUGACACGGAUAUCUGGGGGAGGAGGGAGAGUCCUCCAGGCCACAGCCUGGUUCGAUUGUGUCUCAGAAGGCCUGACAUAACACUGAAUGAUUCAGGAAAUCACUGUUACCUCACUGAGAUUAAACUGGGCAUUUAAUCCUGUCAACAA